AAUGGUAAUUACAUGAUCAAGGCUUAACGCCAUCAAUCAGCGCAUGCGUGAUAUAGACCCGGAAUUUCCUCUUUUCAAAAUGGCAGCUGCAAUGGAUGUAGACACACCAAGCGGGACGAACAACAGCGCUAGUAAGAAGCGCUUUGAGGUUAAGAAGUGGAAUGCAGUUGCGCUUUGGGCUUGGGACAUUGUAGUGGACAAUUGUGCCAUCUGCAGGAACCACAUCAUGGACUUGUGCAUAGAGUGCCAAGCAAACCAAGCUUCUGCUACUUCGGAGGAAUGUACUGUGGCAUGGGGUGUAUGUAAUCAUGCGUUUCACUUCCACUGCAUUUCGCGCUGGUUGAAGACUCGACAAGUUUGCCCGCUGGAUAAUAGAGAGUGGGAAUUUCAGAAGUACGGUCAUUAGAAGCUCCGCAUGCAUAGAUGUGAGGCAGUGUCACGGCUGCAGCCUACUUCAGUCAGGCAGAACAUUCAACUGCUUUCCGGCUUAGCACCUUGUCAAUUAUGAUCUCUGACCUGUUCGUCAUGUUGACACACAACCCACCAUACCCCCCUUUUUUUUUUUUUUUUUAAAUAGUUUAAUCGUUAAUAUGUGUUUAAUAUCCAAAUAAACUAUUGGAAUGUA